GUGUAUCAGAAGUCAGGGAUGAGAAACCAUACAGAGAUAACAUUAUUUAUCCUUUGAGGACUAACAGAUGAUCCACAACUAAAGGUUCUGAUUUUCAUCUUUUUCUUUAUAACAUAUAUUUUGACUAUAAUUGGGAAUCUGAUUAUCAUCAUCCUCACCUUGAUGGAUGCCCAACUUAAGACACCCAUGUACUUUUUCCUCAGAAACUUUUCCUUUUUAGAAGUGGCAUUCACAACUGCUUAUAUUCCUAAAUAUCUCCAUAGCUUAAUAACUGGGGACAAUACCAUUACUUAUAAUGCUUGUGUGGCCCAAAUAUUUUUUGUCAUCCUUCUUGGGUCAACAGAAUUUUUUCUUCUGGCCACCAUGUCCUAUGAUUGCUAUGUGGCCAUCUGCAAACCUCUCCACUACACAACCAUCAUGAACAGCAGAGUCUGUAACCAGCUCCUCCUGAGUUCUUGGCUGGCUGGGUUAAUGAUCAUCCUCCCACCACUGGGCCUGGGCCUGGAAUUGGAAUUCUGUGACUCCAAUGUUGUUGAUCAUUUUGGAUGUGAAGCAUUUCCCAUGAUAAAGAUUGCAUGUUCAGAUACCCAAUUCAUAGAGAAAAUGGUUUUGAUCUUUGCUGUGUUGACACUCAUUGUCACCUUAUUCUUGGUGUUUUUGUCCUAUGCAUACAUUAUCAGGACAGUUCUCAGAUUCCCCUCAGUUCAGCAAAGGAAAAAAGCCUUUUCCACUUGUUCCUCCCACAUUAUUGUUGUCUCCAUCACCUAUGGUGGCUGCAUCUUCAUCUAUAUCAAACCCUCUGCAAAAGAAGGAGUAGCUUUGAAUAAGGUGGUGUCAGUGCUUGUAACUUCAGUUGCCCCUGUUAUGAAUCCCUUGAUUUAUGCCCUAAGAAACAAGCAAGUUAUACAAGCUUUUAAGGACUUAACCAAAAAGAUUUUCUUUCUCUCAAAGCAAUAA